AUGCGCUACGCCGUCCUCGUCACCGGGCCUGCAGGCGCAGGCAAGUCGACCUUCUGCGCCUCGCUCAUCACCCACGCCAACACGCUCGGACGGCAGGUCCACCUCGUCAACCUCGACCCGGCCGCCGAGCGCUUCGAGUACCAGCCUGCCGUGGACAUUCGCGAUUUGAUCAGCCUCGAGGACGUGAUGGAGGAGCUCGAGUUUGGGCCGAAUGGCGGGCUCGUGUACUGCUUUGAGUACCUCCUCAACAACCUCGACUUUCUGGAAGACGAGCUCGGACAGUACGAAGACGAGUACCUCAUCAUCGACUGCCCCGGCCAGAUCGAGCUGUACACGCACAUCCCGCUCCUCCCCCGCCUCGCCCAGUUCCUCCAAACACGGCUCGGGUACCGCACGAGCGCCGUCUACCUCGUCGAGUCGCAGUUCAUGCAGGACAAGGCAAAGUACUUUGCCGGCGUGCUCAGCGCCAUGAGCUGCAUGCUGUCCCUCGGCAUCUCGAUGCUCUGCCUCAUGAGCAAGAUGGACCUCGUCAAGGACGACAAGGGGCGUGUCAGGCGCGAGGUCGGCCGAUACCUCGACCCAGACCCAAAUCUCCUGCUGGAAGACGUCAACUCGCAGACCAACCCGAAGUUCCACAGCUUGAACAAGGCAGUCGUGUCCUUGAUAGAGGACCAAAACAUCGUGUCCUUCCUCCCGCUCGACGUGUCCGCCGAGGACAGCGUCAACACCAUCCUCAGCCACAUUGACAACAUGAUGCAGUACGGCGAGGACGAGGAGCCAAAGGUUCCAAAGGACAUGGACGAGGGCGACUUUGACGACUACUAG